GUUUCCCCUCCCAAUUCAUUUCCCGCUCUACAAACCCUAACUUCCCAACACUCUCUCAGUUGAGCUGAAGAAGAAGACGAAGAAAGCGCGCUCAUGGGGCAGAAGCAGCGAUCGAACUCCGAUCCCAACAACGACGCCAAAAAGCGACGCCGUGUUGGAUUUUCCGCCGUCGAUGCUGGAGUUGAAGCCAAAGACUGCAUCACAAUCUACCUAGUUUCGAGCGAAGAUGAAUUUAAUGCUCCAGAGAGCUUGGUCAUCAAUCCUGUGGAUUUGAAUAGCUUCUUUGAUGAUGAUGGGAAAAUUUAUGGUUAUGAGGGCUUGAAGAUUACCAUCUGGAUUAGCAGCAUAUCCUUUUAUGCUUAUGCUGAUAUUACGUUUGAGAGUUCUUCUGAUCGAGGCAAAGGGAUAACAGAUCUAAAAUCUUCUCUUCAGACAAUUUUUGCUGAGACUCUUGUUGAUAGCAAGGAUGAAUUCCUUCAAAAAUAUUUGCUGGAUAAGGAUUUUGUCAGAACAACUAUCUCAAGUGGAGAGGUUUUGAAGCACAAAUCUUUCAAGGGGAACUUUUCUGACUCUAAUCAGAAUGAAGAUUCAGCUACUUCUGAUGUUGAGGUCGUUCGUAUGGUGGCAGGCAACAUUUCUACUGGGCAGCUUUACAGUCAUCUAAUACCCCUUACUCUUCUUCUUGUUGAUGGGAGCAGUCCUAUUGAUGUUACGGAUCCACAAUGGGAGUUGUAUGUAGUGAUUCAGAAGAAAACUGAUCUGCAGGGAGACAGCCAACGUGUGUUGAUUGGUUUUACUGCUAUUUAUCGAUUUUACCACUAUCCUGAUAGUUCCCGAUUGCGACUGGGUCAGAUACUCGUAUUGCCUCCUUACCAGCACAAGGGUUAUGGUCGGUUCCUUCUAGAGGUUCUAAAUGAAGUUGCCAUGUCUGAAAAUGUUUUUGACCUGACUAUUGAAGAGCCGUUGGAUAACCUCCAGCAUGUCCGAACCUGUAUUGACACUCUACGCCUGCUUCAUUUCGAGCCAAUCCAGCAUUUAGUUACUAAGGCUGUUUCACUUCUAAAGGAAGGAAAAUUGUCAAAGAAAACCCAUUCUCCUCGACUCAUACCACCUCCAAGCGCUAUUGAGGAUGUUAGAAAAAGUCUGAAAAUUAACAAAAAGCAGUUUCUCCAGUGUUGGGAGGUUUUGCUCUACAUUGGCCUUGAUCCUAUUGACAAGUACAGGGAGAACUUUGUUAGUAUUAUUUCCGAACGUGUGAAGUAUGAUAUCUUAGGGAAAGAUUCUGGGACUUCUGGGAAGAAGCUUAUUGAAGUACCAAGCGAUACUGAUGAGGAUAUGUCAUUUGUCAUGUUCAGAUCAGAGGCCCAUGAAGCUAGUACUGUGCAGAUUGAUGACAAUCAGACAAAUCAACAAGAGCAACUGCAAAAGUUAGUUGAAGAUAGGGUGAAAGAAAUACAGUUGGUCGCAGAAAAGGUAGCCUUGCAUCGUGGGAGCUCAGGCGUGGCUGUUAAUUAAAUUUCUCCUUCACAAGAUGACAUGCGAUGAGGUUUGUGUGAUUGAUUUUCCGCUGACGAACAGGAGUUUUUAUCAGAGGUUAUCUUAGCACAUUUCUGAGUUCGGCAAAGACAAAGAAGACUCCUAGGAGGCACAAUCUAGGUUGUUUUGUGGUUCUUAAUUCUAGGUUAGUACAAUUUAAUUAUCCGAGGCUGUGAAGGAACCAUGUUAUGUAGUUGUAAGCUGUGAUUAAUAUGACUAACCGCAGCAAGUUGAUUGUUGAUAUCAUUGCGAUCAAAUAUUGCUCGUGCUUUUAUGCCA